AUGUGGAAACAAAGAGUUAGGGUCUCGUGGCAGGAGGAGGGUGACAAUAAUAAUAAUAAAUUCUUCCAUGAAUAUGGAAAAGGUUGGAUUCGGGAAAACAGUAUUAAAGCCUUCGAGGAGACACAGUUCUGGCUUAGAAUGCGUGUUCUCAGCAAUUUGAAACAGUUUUAUGCUGAGGAUUACACGCAGGGAAGAGCAUCAAGUAUACGUCUGAAAUUAGAUCUUUCAAAAGCAUGUGAUCGUGUUAAUUUGAAUUUCCUUGAGGAUGGAAUGAAUGGCAUGGGAUCAAGGGGUUCCUUUGAGGCAAGCCUGCGUCGAGUCAAGAUUGCCCUCUCGGAGACACAUACUUCGUUCCCGCCCACUAUUUCCGGCGAUGGUAGAACGAUAGCCAAAGGGCCUGUACCUUCCCCCGACGGUGAAAGCAGUUGUAGGGAUUUGGACGAAGUUAGUCGAACGUGGCAUGAUGAGUCACACUCGCCUCCCCAACUCACAAGUUUUUCGUGCUCAUCUUCGUAUUGUCAAGUUGGUAUAACGGAAGGCGACGUGAUUCAGUUUGAUAAUCAGUAUGACAGAGUUGAACUUCCGCUUCACAGGCUUCCAGGACCAAUUUCUAACCAGACUAGCUCAGCAGAAUCGUCGAAUCCUCCCUCCAGACAGCAACAGAGUUUGACACAUGCUGUAAACAAUAUUGAUGGUUAUGGUUUUCAACAAGCGGUGGAAGUUUGUCCUAGGAAGUACUGCAGUGGGCAAUCAGUAAAGCUUGAAGAGGACAGACAUGAGGAUGCUGGUACUGUUGGCAACUGGCUUGCUGAGAAAACAGUUGAGUUCAGUGUUGUUGGGAACUCUUGGAUCGCUAGCAGCAAAUUUUCAUUUCACGGGAACUGUUCUCUCAAGGAGAGAAUGUUGAGUGCGUUGCAUCACAUAAUUCAAUCCGGUGCACAGGGGACGCUAUUGCAGAUGUGGGUACCUGUGAAGGUUGGUGAACAGUGGGCUCUAUCCACGGCCGAGCAGCCUUUUGUGUUAGAUGCAGGCAGCCCCAACCUUCUACAGUACCGAAAUGUCUCUGUUGCCUUUCUUUUUUCAGUUGAUGACGUUAGCGUUGGAAACCUUGGUCUUCCUGGUCGAGUUUUUCAAAGGAAGUUACCUGAGUGCACGCCAAAUGUACAGUACUACAGUGCUGAAGAAUAUCCACGCUUGGUUCAUGCUAAGCAUCACGAUAUUAGGGGAUCAUUAGCAGUUCCAGUUUUUGAAUCUUCUGAAAGGUCCUGCCUUGGAGUCCUGGAGAUCAUCAUGACGUCUGAGAGGAUGCACUAUGCUACUGACAUAAGCAAAGUCUCAGAGGCGCUGGAGGCCGUGCAUUUGAAAUGUUCACGUGCACUUCAUAUUCCAAACAUGCAGGCAGCAAACGGGAACCAUCACGAUGUGCUGGCCAAAGUUCAGAACGUUCUAAUUGCUGUCUGCAAUAAACAUAAUUUGCCGUUCGCUCAGACUUGGGCUCCAUUCAGGCACUGUGGAUUUUCAGUUCGAGAAAAUAGCUCUGACAAAAUUCCGAAACUUGAAGGUUACUCGGGACAACUUUGCAUGUUGGCAAGGAACAGGGCAUUCUAUGUACUUGAUACCCAAUUGCAGGAGUUCAGAAAGGCUUGCAAAGAGCACUGCUUAUCAGAAGGGCAGGGUAUAGUUGGUCAAGCAUUAGCAUCUCGGAGACCAAGUUAUUGUGGAAAUGUGUCUCAAUUCAACAAGGUCGACUAUCCAUUAGUUCAUCAUGCUCGCAUGUUUGGGUUAGUUGGUGCAGUUGCUAUACCUGUAAAAUGCAUGAAAUCAGGUAUUGAUAGAUACAUUGUAGAGUUUUUCCUGCCUCGUGACUGUCAAGGCUCUCAACAACAGUACUGCUUGUUGGAAUCUAUAUUUUCCAGUCUGAGAGAGUUUCAACAGACCUCGGUUUUAGCUUUUGAGCAACUCUGUCGGGAGAAGAGAUCUGAAUCAUCAAGUACCAUAAAAUCUUGCGUGAUUGGAAAAUCUUCACAAGGCAACACAACAGAGUAUCCAUGCAACAUUAAACAGCCCUGCCCUGAAGUUGAAAGGUUACCAAGGUCCCCUGCGGAAACUAUAGUAGCUGAGGAUACCCCGCUGUGUAUCACAAAGGAGAUGGACACUCAGGAGGUCAAUUUCACAAAAGCAUGGGUAAGUCCUCAUAAGAAAUCCACAUCAAAGGAUAUCCUGAAACAACAGUUAGAUAGGAGGCAAAGUAAGGCAGAGAAAUCAAUAAGUGUUGAGGUUCUUCAAAAAUACUUUGCUGGAAGCCUCAAGGAUGCAUCAAAGAGCCUUGGUGUGUGUCCAACUACACUCAAACGGAUAUGUAGGCAACAUGGCAUUGCCAGGUGGCCAUCUCGUAAGAUCAAUAAGAUCAACAAUUCCUUGAGAAAGUUGCACGAGGUAAUCAAAUCUGUUAAAGCUGUUGAACAUCCAUCGGCUGUUAAUGAUUCAAAAAAUUCAUCAAGCCAUGCAGCCCACAAGCCUCGUUGGCCACCUGUUGAUGUGACUACUCAGGCUGAUCAAACCCCAAAGAAUUUUAUGUUAAGUUUAAAUCCAGAAAUGCUCGAGAGAGGUGGUGGUGUUCCAAUACUGAAAUCACAAUUUCCUCCACGUCAGCAGCAGACUAAUUGUACUGGUGCUGAGGGGACAGCAGAUCGUUUCGAGCUAAUGAAAAAUAAACAGCAAUUUCAUAAUAGAAACGGAUUGGUGCAUGCAAUGUUCAAAACACUCAAUGCUGGUCACAACAAUGAGGAUUUACAAGAUCCAUCAUUAUGUCAAAGAUUGGCAAUAAAGGUGACUUACAAAGACGAUAUUAUCAGAUUUCAACUGCCACUAGGUUCUGGUCUUCACGAAUUACUCCAAGAAGUAACAGAAAGGCUGAAGGUAAAUGUGGAAUUCAUUCAUGUCAAGUAUUUAGACACUGAUGCCCAGUGGGUAACUCUGACUUGUGAUGCUGACCUUUACAUGUGCAUCCAAAAAUUAAAACGUGGGAAUUUGAUUAGACUUACUAUUGAUGAGAACUUCUCAGGUGGUAGCUACUUUCAUAAUUCCAAUGUCUGAGAUCAAUGGAAAUUUGCUAGCCUUUUUGGGAUGCCAAAACAAGUACUAAAGCGGUAAUCACUGAAGGCUAAGUUCAAAUGACCGUCAUCACUAUUUUGCAUCACAUCAGGUGAAAAUGAUUCCAUGGUUCCCAAGUGUGCAGGUUUUGUUUGCCCAGGAAGGUGACCAACAAUAAAUCUCAGAAUGGUAAAGCAAAAGCUUUUGUAAAUGAGAUCACCUUGCUUCAAUUUCUUUUAGUUGGUUUCUAGAGAAAUUAGAUCUGAAGUCCGUUUUCUAGUUGUGAUGAAUUAAGUUUGACUCAAUAGAUAAUAUAUGA